UGAUCGUUUACUAUUCGCGCCGUCUAUCAUUUUUGUUAUUGAAAAAUGGAUAUUCUCGCCCCAACAGACGCGGGGUUUGUCAAUAGAACGACGUGUGGAAGAUUAUUUAUUACAUAAAUAGUUUAUUUAUUUUAAGCGUAUCGCUUGGAAUCCCGAUGGACAUCGGCAGCGUCGAGAAGAACGCGCAAGAAUUCAACACGAUGAGUGCCUUCGGCGCAGGCAACCCGGAUUACACCUCGAUCGGCGGACUUUUGAACACAUUCGGCGACAUGCAACACAAAGAGCGCGACGACGAAAAAGACGACUAUGGCGAUCCCCUAGAAGAUUACCAGAACGAAGAUGACGUCGUCAGCAGCGCCCCCUCCAGUUCCAAGCGCAAACAGAGACGAUACAGGACGACGUUUUCCAAUUACCAGCUUGAAGAGUUGGAACGUGCGUUCCACAAGACGCACUACCCGGACGUCUUCUUCAGGGAGGAACUUGCGCUCCGGAUAGACCUGACGGAAGCGCGGGUCCAGGUGUGGUUUCAGAACCGCAGGGCGAAGUGGAGGAAGCAGGAGAAAGGCGCGGUCGCGGGCAAAGGACUGACCGUCCAGCAGGACGGUAACAAUAUUCCCAUCAACAUGCCAGGUUGCAGUUCCCCGAUGGAAGCGCCGCUGUUGAAUUUUUCCGAUUCCGUGAAUUCGAACGGUCUCUUCCUCGGCCUCGAAUGGCCGAACAUGAUGCCACCGAUUUCGUUCCCCGGGUGCUCGCCAGACGCCGCCUCCGUCGAGCCCCACGCAGCGGACGUCCAAAAUAUAAACGACCUCCAAGACCGUCUCAACGACACUAUCUCCAUAGCGGACAGGAUCACCGGGUCUAUGCGGGCCAACCUGAUCGAUUCUCCCGACCACAUUUUGCUGUCCGAGGUGGACGACUGCACCGGGUAUGCGAUGGGGAUGUCGCCAGUGGCCCACGACGACGACAUCUCCAUAGACUCAGACCUGCUGACGCUGAAGCCGAGGGCGGAAAACGCGGGUCGCGAAUGAUUGUUUUAUUUCUUUUGUUG